CCUCCCCCCGCCCAGGGGCAGCACAGUCACUAUUAAGCAGGCUGGGAAGGAAGCGGCCACAGCAGAGCCGGCCUGCACUGUGAGGAGCCAUGGCGACCUACGUGCAGCUGAACACCGGAGCCAAGAUGCCCAUCCUGGGGCUGGGCACCUGGAAGUCCCCACCAGGACAAGUGACAGCUGCAGUGAUGGCUGCAAUCGAUGCUGGAUACCGCCACUUUGAUGGUGCCUAUGUGUACCAGAACGAGAAGGAGGUUGGGGAUGGGAUCCAGCAGAAAAUCAAGGAAGGCGUUGUGAAACGAGAGGACCUCUUCAUUGUCAGUAAGAGUGUCAUGGUUCGUACUGGAAAGGAACUGGGAAACGCAGUUGUUGUUUUUCCCAUGCACAUCAGUUUUCUCAUAGAAUAGGAUGGCCUGGAUUGA